GGCCGCCCAGACUCCGGUUCCGGUUCCGGUUCCGGAGGGAAAGGCAGAAGCUGCAGCGACCGUACCGGCUCCUCCCGAGAUCCCCUGCGGCACCGGAAUUUCAUCUGGUGACGUCAUUUGUCCUCGUGGCGGAAAUGUCACGCGCGCAGGAAAAUGGUUCCCCGGAGGCCCUGCGCCAGUAGAGGGUUCUCCUGCUGAAUAAUGAACAUUGAGGAUAAACUCGGGGGAAUCUUCAUUAAAUGCAGCCCCACCAGCAACAUGCAGUCUUCCAGGGGCCUGAUAGGCCUGGGGGCAGCUGAUCCUUUGUGCCCCGAGCUCCCCGGGUCAAACGCAGGCCUGGGGGAGAAGCCCCUGCCCCAGGGUAUCAUGGCCGCCCAGGAGAUGCUGCAGGGGCGGGACGAGAUGAUGUCACAGGAUGAGCUCAUGGUGCAGGAGGAAACCGUGAAAAACGACGAGGAAGAGAUGGCGGAACCCCCGGAGCGGAUCCUGCCCCAGGGGCUGCACUUCACGGUGAGAUUUCCGAUCCUCACCAUCAACGAGGACGGUUCCCUCGGCCUGAAGAUCGCCAAGUGCCACGUGUGUGAGCAUUGCAACGCCGCCUUCCGGACCAACUACCACCUACAGAGGCACGUCUUCAUCCACACAGGGGAGAAGCCGUUUCAGUGCAGUCAGUGUGAGAUGCGCUUUAUCCAGAAGUAUCUGCUCCAGAGGCACGAGAAGAUCCACACGGGGGAGAAGCCGUUCCACUGCGACGAGUGCGGGAUGCGCUUUAUUCAGAAAUAUCACAUGGAGCGGCACAAGCGGACGCACAGCGGCGAGAAACCGUAUCAGUGCGAGUACUGCCUGCAGUAUUUCUCCAGGACGGACCGGGUGCUGAAACACAAGCGCAUGUGUCACGAGAACCGAGAGAGGAAACCGGGGAAGGGUGCUGGCAAGGGGGGGCUCUUGUCUCCCGAGGGGGACCCCACCCUCUCUCCCAAAGAUGGAGGCGCAAAGAGGAAGCAGAAGGGCGACAAGAAGCUGUUGGGCGACAAGGAAAGCCCCUCGGAGAAGGCGGAGCAAAAGAAAGAGAAGAAUGACUUCCUGCCCCUGUUCCCCGACGGCACCAAAGUCAAGGACGAGUACAUGGUGGCAGAAUACGCGGUGGAGAUGCCCCAGCCGACUCUUGGCCCCCUGCACUUACAGGAAGUGGUUCCCACAGACAUUAAUCCCCCCAAGCUUCUCCUGAAGAAGGUGAGUGGCAAGAAGGGCCUGAAGCAGUCGCUGGAGCAGAGCCCAACGCUGUCGGCGCUCUCCGCCUUCGACGACACCAAGGUGGCUAAAUACACCUUCGAGCUGGUGGAUUCGGGCAGCAACUCGGAUUUGGAUCAUGGGGACCCCCUGCAGGAGGGGGGCAGCAAGCCGGCCAAUAGCAGCGUCAGUUACGACGAAGCCAUGCAGUUUUCCAAGAAGAAGCGGUACCUGCAGGCAGCGAGCAGCAGCCGGGAAUACGCCCUGAACGUCGGCUCCAUCGCGUCCCAGCCCUCGGCCACCCAGGCUGCCGUAGCCAGCGUCAUGGACGAGAGCGGCGCCGCCGUGCUUAUGGACGCCCAAUCGCUGUCCGUGGACCUGAAAGCCAAUCAGGAUAAGAACCAGGUGAUCCCGGAUGAGGUGCUGCAGACGCUGUUGGAUCACUACACGCACAAGGCCAACGGGCAGCACGAGAUCUCCUUCAGUGUGGGCGACACCGAGGUCACCUCCAGCAUUUCCAUCAGCUCGGCGGAGGUGGGCGAGAGCAGCCAAUCGGAGGCUCUGGCCGCGAGUGCCCAAGUGGCGGCCGGGGACAAGGCCAGCAUGCUGCAGGAAUACUCCAAGUUCCUCCAACAGGCGCUGGAGCGGACCAGCCAAAACGACGCCUACCUGAGCAACACGAGCCUUAACUUUGUGACGGACGGAGCGGCCCUGGCCACGCCCAGCACUUUCCCCUCUCUGGACAAACACGUAUACGCCACGCUGCCAAUCAGCAGCUUCCGCCCGGGCCUGGCCGCCCCGCUCCGCCUGACCCCCGACAAGGCCCACUUUGGCCUCAUUGUGACCGACUCCCAGCACAACUUCAGCUUCGCGGCGGACGACGGCAACAGUGCGUCCCCGGCUCCCUCUUCCUCGGCGCAGGAUUUCAUAGAUCAGGUGACCGGGCAGAAGAAGAGCGAAUCACAGCCCGUGCACCAGUCCUACCAGCUGAAUGCCUUCGAGCAGCCGUACAGGGCUCAGUUCCAGGGGGCCCGGGCCGGCAUAUCCCCUCAGUUUAGCACUGCCAACGGGCAGGUGAACCUGCGGCAACCGACUGCCAGCCCUGACUUCCCAGAAUUCUCUCUGGUGAAUGUAAACGAGAGCAGAGCCCAGCUGACUUCCACCACUGACACGGCGGCCGGUCAGACCUUUGGCUAAUGCUUAUUAUGUGUAACUUGUCUGUGGCACCGGAGGGGCGGAGCUCUGCCCUUUGUACCCGCCCUUUGGGCACAGGUCUGUGUUGCCCCAGUACAAUGUAGCACCAUGAAGUUGCACCGUACCCUUCCCCAUCCCCAGGGCAGAGGUGGGUGCUGUCGGUACAUUGAUUGCUGUACUGAGUGGCACCGAGGGCUGGCAGGGAUCAUGCCCAGGAUACCAGUGUAGUGCCCCCUGCCCCCAAGUCUAAGGAUCCUCGGCACUUUCCCUGCACAGAUCAGACUGGAGGAAGUGGGUUUUGCCCGUGGGCAGCUCAGGGACAUGUACCAUCUGGGCUGCCCUGGGCGAGUCUGGCCAAUGGCACGUGAGCGAGUACAGUGUGUGUAAUUGGCCAAUUUCUCUGCCCGCCCCCCUCCGCCCCCGUUACACAGAGACUCGCUGGGAGCGUGCCCAGCAAAGGAAAGAAAUGAUAUAUAAAUAUAUAGAGAUAUAUAAAUAUAAGAUAUUACAAGGCACUUUACAGAGAGGGAGAUCUGCCUCAAAUGGAGACUCCUGAUUGGCGGGAGAGCUGUGCAUUUUGGUUAAACAGAGGUCAGGGCGGGGUGCACAGCGGAGCAGAAUGAUUCUCAGCAGUGUAGUACCAUCUUCUCCCCACUAGAGGGCCUGUGAGCAAGCUGCUACUUCUCCAUUGUGACCUCUCUAGUGGCGCUUUGUGUUGUGAUUGGCUCGCUGUGGCCCCUGCGCCUGAUUGCUCUGCGGCUUCUCUCGCGUUCCCAUUAGUGGGGGGGGGCCCAUGUCAUUAAGCACUUAACCUUGUUUGUCGAUGGGGGGGUGGGCUUUUGUAUCAUAAUGGGGGGGGCUUGUGUUUAAAUGAACUUUUAGUAUUAUUAUGCAGGCAGCGACGUUCUCAGACAAUCUGCAGUUGGUCUUCAUGAAAUCUAAAGGGUCACUUUCCCUGAGGGACUAAACAGACCAAUUGCAAUAAAUCGCACAUCAUAGACACACGGAUGUGCAUUUGGGUUUCUCCCCAGGGAUGGGGGGGCUGAUCACUAAGGGGGGGCAGAUUUUAGUUGCACUAAAAGUGCAAAGUUGGCGAGUGAUGUCACAGUUACAUUUCAGAAAUACGCGUUUUCUCACGAUGACACCGCUAGUAAUUAUCGCUGAGACGGACCAACUGCAAGUGGGGGGGGGGGGGAUUUGCUUUGUAAUUUGCUCUUAUUAGCACUUAGUUGCCCCUGAAACUCUUGCGUUUGGGGGGGGGGGGAAUAUUUCUGUUCGCACUCAUUUAGGCACUUUUGUGAGCAGAACUCACUAUUGGGUGGGGCUUGCUGAAAGAGAGGGCGGAGCUGCUGGUGUCACCGGGUCAUAACUGGUUCUGUUUGUGACCCCGGCAUGGGGCGUGGCUAUAAGGUUGGACAUGUUGGGGGGGGGGGGGUGCAGCCCUUGUGGCCAGAUAAACAUUUCCUAUUGGUGGGACUGGGCAGGGACGUGCCACAUGUGGGUCUCGUGACCCCCGGUAUCCCCAUGUUGCACCCAGUUUCUGGGAGAUUCAUUUAGUGUUUUUCCCUCUCGGUGGCGCUGGUGAGAGCGGGGGGGGGGUAUGUAAUGCCACACCUGCCCCAAUACACUACUGUGUGCCCCUGGGUAUGAGUGGGUUGUGUGAGCACUAUAUAAUGGUGCGAGUAGCACUUUGUACCAGAGCUUGCACUCGUGUAAUGGUGCAAGAGAGACUGUGCACUAGUGUGUGGGUACAAGUAUAGUAGUAAGUAUAGCACUUUAUACAAGGGGGGGCCCCUAGUGUAAUGGUGCCGGGUUAUCACUAUACAAGUGGGGGGCCCCUAGUGUAAUGGUGCCGGGUUAUCACUAUACAAGUGGGGGGCCCCUAGUGUAAUGGUGCCGGGUUAUCACUAUACAAGUGGGGGCCCCUAGUGUAAUGGUGCCGGGUUAUCACUAUACAAGUGGGGGGCCCCCUAGUGUAAUUGUGCCGGGUUAUCACUAUACAAGUGGGGGGCCCCUAGUGUAAUGGUGCCGGGUUAUCACUAUACAAGUGGGGGGCCCCUAGUGUAAUGGUGCCGGGUUAUCACUAUACAAGUGGGGGGCCCCCUAGUGUAAUGGUGCCGGGUUAUCACUAUACAAGUGGGGGGCCCCCUAGUGUAAUGGUGCCGGGUUAUCACUAUACAAGUGGGGGGCCCCUAGUGUAAUGGUGCCGGGUUAUCACUAUACAAGUGGGGGGCCCCCUAGUGUAAUAGUGCCGGGUUAUCACUAUACAAGUGGGGGGCCCCUAGUGUAAUGGUGCCGGGUUAUCGCUAUACAAGUGGGGGGCCCCUAGUGUAAUGGUGCCGGGUUAUCACUAUACAAGUGGGGGGCCCCUAGUGUAAUGGUGCCGGGUUAUCGCUAUACAAGUGGGGGGCCCCCUAGUGUAAUAGUGCCGGGUUAUCACUAUACAAGCGGGGGGCCCCCUAGUGUAAUGGUGCCGGGUUAUCACUAUACAAGCGGGGGGCCCCCUAAUGUAAUGGUGCCGGGUUAUCGCUAUACGAGUGGGGGGCCCCUAGUGUAAUGGUGCCGGGUUAUCACUAUACAAGUGGGGGGCCCCCUAAUGUAAUGGUGCCGAGUUAUCACUAUACAAGCGGGGGGCCCCCUAAUGUAAUGGUGCCAGGUUAUCACUAUACAAGCGGGGGGCCCCCUAAUGUAAUGGUGCCAGGUUAUCGCUAUACAAGCGGGGGGCCCCCUAAUGUAAUGGUGCCGGGUUAUCGCUAUACGAGUGGGGGGGCCCCCUAGUGUUAGGGUGCAAGCACAUUGCAGGGAGCACCUUAGUAGUAACGGUACAGGAGUGGGGGCGCACACACUAGUGCAAUAGUGCCAGCAGGGCAGUGCCAGGGCAAUUAGAGUGCAUCCGCUUACUGAGCCCCCCCAUGUUCUGUAGGGCCCUGAGGCUGCUGGCAGUGCCCCUGGGGGGGCUAUUAUUGUAUGAAUUCUAGCACUUAUUGUUUGUGUAACUCACUGGGGGGGGGGAUUUUAUAUGAACAGUGGUGCCACUUGCACCCGCGCCCCCAUUAGGGGCAAUAGUUCCCUUGUUUUUAUUUGACAUUUAUUGUGCAGAUUUGUAUUAUAUUUGUUAUGUCUUUCCUCUUCCUAUUGGCCUGUGGGGUCUCCGAAUGCCCCGCCCAGGGGGGAUAGUGGCCAAUCAGCAGGGUCUCCAGUCCCUGAAUAACCUGGUUGGUUGGGAUAGCAGCCAAUCAUUUAUCCCUCUACAGGGGACGGGGGGGGUGCAGUUUGGGGCUUUAAUGGGUGGGAGUUUGUGCCUUAGUUUGCGGGCGUGUCCCACCCAAUACUCUGUCCCACUAUAUAGCGCUGCUCCUGCCCGGGGGGGCCCAGCUUGGGGGUUCGGCUGUGACCCCAGGACUUGGCUUUGCUUAUGAAUUGCGGUUGCCGGGGGUUUCAGUAAAUGCCCCUCUGGGGGCUGUUACUCAGUCACAUGACUUUUGGUAUCUGCUUGGGGCAGAGAGUUUGCUGGAAGGGGAAUGAAAACCACCGCCCCGCACUGAGUGUUCUAUACAGGCAGGGGGGGCUGCUCUACGGAUGGGAAUGGAAUUGUGGGGCGCAAGGGGCGGAGCUAGGACCCUGAGGGUGAUACUGCCCCUUGUGGCACUUGUUGCUGGGGGGGGGGGCUCCCCAAGUGGCUGGUUUGUCUGCAGUUAUUUGGGGAAGCAGAAUGGGCACCCCCAGAUCCCAAUGAAUGCUGUGGGGCCGGCCUAGACACCCCUCUGGGGAAGGAAGGGUUAAUGGCACCUUUGUACAUAGGACGGUAUGUGAUGUUCCCCAGGAGGGGCCCCGGGGCAGUUAUUUCCAUACGUCGGGCAAUUACACAGGGCUGGGGGGGGGGGGGGGGGAUUCACAUCUGACAAUCAAGGCCCUAUGUCCCCCAGGGUGCAGGGAGUUGUAGGGCUAACGGGGUGCGUCUGUGUGCUGCGUAUCCAUUGGCUCAUGGAGGGGAGAUUAGCCCCACCCACUUGCCCUACAUCUGUUAUUUGGCUGUUGGAGGAUGCUGGGAGUUGUAGUUGAGAUGGAAGCAGGUCCCAGAUUGGUCAGAGACAGAAUCUUCCCACCUUCCCCUUCAGUCAGAUCCCUCUGUUUCCCAGUGAUGCAACGGCUCGAUGAGGUCACCACGGCUCGAUGAGGUCACCACGGCUCGAUGAGGUCAUCACUAAAUAUUCACUUUUAUUUCCGGACCCCUGAGAGCGGCCUGAGGCCGGACGCAGAGUGGGGGGAUCUGACUAAAGGGGAGGGCCGUACCGGGGCCCCCAUAUCGUUACAUCAUUGGUUGCAGGGAUAUUGAAACUUGAUUGGACGCAGCUCGCACUUCCCUUUCACCACUAUAAACUCCCAUGAUUCACUGGGUGUGAGUAACCAAUACAAUACAGGGGUGGGGGGUACAAAGGCCCCUGCCCCUUAGAGCUUACAGUCUAAACUUCCAUAGGUCACAUUAAGCCUUGGAUUCUGUCUCAUAGGGAAAGGCAUCAGCAGCAGCCAAUCAGAUCUUUGCUUUUAUUAGUAUAACAGCACUAGGCCAGUAAGAGCUGAUUCCUGAUUGGGUAACUGCCUUAUUGGUUGGGUAUGUAAACAAAGUUAACCAAUUGGUAGGGAGGGGCGUGUCUAGAGUAGAAGGGGGCAGUUGUUAGACACUAACUCCUCACUGAUUGGUUACUCAGCUAAAAAAAAUGGCUGCCGUCUCAUUUGCUGUUACAGUAGGAAAUACUUCCCCUUUAUCUCUAUUCAAUUGACUGAUCCCUGGGGCCCUCCUGCCCUCUAACAGGGAAUACAUUAAAGGGACAUGGGCGGGCCCUGUGAUUUAGCCCCUCCCCCUAUUUAUAUCCUGCACCAGGUCACAUGUUUUGCUUCAGAAUAAUGAUUUGUUUUUAAUUUUAUCAUCAGAAUGUGUUUUUACCCAUAAUGCUCUACACUAGCCCCCAUGUGCCCCACGUGGGGGGGGGCUGGGCAGUAGGGGGGGGUACCUGCAGGGGGUGCCAGGAUAAUUUAUACGUGUGUAAAUCGGCUGCAUUUUUAUAGAGGAGAAAUGUUUUUUACCGCUAGAUCUUUCUUAUAGGCGCGUGCGUUGGGGGAGGAGCCACCCCCCUGUGUAUUAUACACUGAUAUCUUUCUAUUGUAGGGGGCGGAGCAGCCGCUCCCCCGGGGGUGGGGCACAAUUACUGUCUGGGCCUCAAUUUUACUGGAUUCCGUCUUUUCAUUGUUUUUGUUUUUUAUGCUCUGGCGCGGGAAUGUCCCCCAAUAAAUCUGGUGAUGUCACCAAACCCCG